AAAGCGUCCGUGAAAGCGCCACAAGUUAUUUCCACCGUCACGGCCAGCGUCGGUCAUCGCCCGGCAAGGUGUCGCUUUCGGCAGCUAAUUACCCGUUUUAUUCCUCGUUUAAGUGAAAAAUUUUGAUACACAUUUACUUUUGACACCCUCGGCACUUGGGGCCAUGGAAAGAAUCAGGUUUUUCGUGUUUUUCUUGGUGCUUUCCGCGUCUUUGCUGGGCAAAGCCGAAGCGGGCAGGAGCAGGACCAGCAACCAGAACAGCUUCCGACGGGCAGCUAACGGCAUCUAUCAGACUCUGAGCAGCGUCUUCGGAGAGGACAACAUUAGAGGGUUAUACAAGUUUUUCUCCAAAGCAACGGAGAGGUUUGUCCAUGGAGUGGACUCUUUCCUGGACACCAUCUGGAAGAUCUGGUCGGAUCUGCUGGAUGUGAUGGGCAUUGACUCUUCAAACCUCAGCCAUUACUUCAGCCUCACAUCUCUCACCAGCUCCCCAGCACGUGCCCUGCUCCUAGUCGCCGCUGUGUUCUUGGCCUACUGGUUCCUGUCUAUGUUCCUGGGGGGUUUCUUUUACCUGCUGCACGCUGUGUUUGGACGCUUCUUCUGGCUAGCCCGCGUCACUCUCUUAGCCCUAUCCUGCCUCUACAUCCUGCAGAAGUUUGAGGGUGACCCUGAGCGCACAGUGCUCCCAUUGUGCUUCAUCAUGGCUGUGUACUUCAUGACAGGCCCUGUGGGAGCAUACUGGCGCCGUGGCGGUGGGGCGGGUUCACUGGAAGAGAAAAUCGACCACCUGGACACUCAGAUCAGGCUGCUCAAUAUCAGGCUGAGUCGUGUAAUAGACACCAUUGAACGCACCGGAGACCAGUAGGCACAUUUUAGGUUGAAGCAAAGAUGAGUUUGGGGGGUGGGUCCAGGGAAAAAACUGAUGUAUUUGAUAAGAGAAUACUGUCUCCUACACACAUCUACAGCAACAAAACUACUGGGUAUUUACAACUCUAUUGUCAGUUGGGGACAAAAGUACAAAUGAAAACAGUAUUUUAAUGGCUUGAAUUGAUUUGGGUAACAAGAGAAACUGUUGAAUUGGAGUUUGCACAAAACCAAACAACUUUUUUUUUUUUUUUUUUUUUUUUUUUUUUUUUUUUUGAUGUUUUGGAAGGUUUUUUUACAUCGCUGAGGAAGUUGUCGGGAGAUGUCUGAGGUUUUCUAAAUGCUAGCCUACUUCUACACCUCAGCUACUUUUACGAAACUCCUCUAUUUUAAAUUUUUAAGGUUUGCUUAGGCACUGUCAAUGCUUGUGCUUGAUUAAUAAGCAUAUUUUACACAUAUUUACUUAAUUUGAUCCUUGUAAAUGACCUGGGGGUUAAGUCUCAGUUCUUGUACACAAAAACAUUUUUCCCCUUUUUUUUUUUUUUUUUAGCUACUGCUAUAGGAGGGGGUAGGGUGUGUGGUACCGGGGGGCAUUGUUGUUUCUAAUAUGUAUAUUCCAGCUGUUGGAAAGUUGUCCAUAGCAAGAUUUAUUUAUUCAAUUUUUCCAUCCAAAGUGUUGAAAUGUAGAUCUAGUUUGUUGAAUCACCACCUCAUAGUGACAAAAGCUUGACAUCAGGACCUCUUUUUCUUGAAUAUGUGUGUAGAUGCAGUUCAGUGACCUACUUGAAUAUGUGUGCGUGUUUGUGUGCAUGUGUGAGGGGCAACCUUGUGAAAUGGAAAAACGCUGUAUAAAAAGUCAACACCAGACAGGCAGCAAUAUCUCAGGGACUCACCCAACACAUGUUGAACUCAAAUGAGAUAUCAAGUAUGCUAAAAUCAUGUAUUGGUCUCUUCACAAUUCAGAUGCGACUUCUCAUUUGUUUCCAGCAUCUUACAAUACUUUCUGUUGAAAUGCUGGAGUUUAAAUCUAGCCUUUUAUUCUUUAUUUAAAUGCCAGCAUGGGGUUAUUUUGGUUAUCUGAACUGUAGCUAAUCGUCCUAAAUAUGUAAUCUGUCUCAACACAGACGCAUCUGUUAUGGUAAGAAUUUUUAAUCAAUUGUAAUAGGAUCUGACCUGAACUUGCAGAUUAAAAAGGUUUUAGUGACUUUAAUACUGCUGGGAAAAAAUUGUAUUGGAUAUUACUUAACCCUGCUUUUGAAACUAAUAUGAAAGUGAUUAUUUCUCCUAUGAGUAUUUUAAUGGUAGUUUAAAACCAGCCUGCCUGAUUCAUGCACUAAAAUGUUGUGUUUAAAAAGUAAUGCUUUGGGUACAUUGUUAGUCUACAUCACCAUAGCUCUCACUAAUUGGUUUGAUAUAUUCUUUUUCUUUUAAUUGUAUAUUUCUGAAGGUGGUUUUCUCUCACAAUCUCAUUUGUUACCAUGGAUUGGUGUAAGAGAAUGUCCCCUGCACUGCUUGUCUAUGUUUAUAGCAUGUCUUCCUUAAUAAUGUCCCAACAUCCUUUACUCUAAAUUAAAGUUAUUAAAUCUGAACUCCGUAAUCACAGUUUGUUAUAACAAAUGACCCUAAUGCUGUGCAGAUCUUUCUUUUGGAGGUGGUGGUGGUGCUGAUGGUUGGAUGAGUUCAUACAUCAAACAUCAUGAUUGUGUUAAUCAUUUUGAUUAACAACUACCAGUAUAUGUAGUGGGCUGUAAUUUUGUUUCUUUCAAUAGUGUGGGUGCUAUGACAUGCAUUGUAAAUGAAAGGUGUUGUAUCAACCGGUCAGGGUUGCAGUGGCCUUCUGGCUUCAGAGUAUACAGAGUGUAUCAAAGAGAAUCAUCUGAUUUAAAAGUGUUUUAAUUCCGUAGGUGUUCACAGGUAACAUGUUGAGCACUUGUGAACAUUGUAGGUUUUCUAUGUAAAACUUUAAAUUCAGCCAUACAUUUUAAAAUUUACUGCUGUCUCCUGUAUGUAUAUCUUUAAAGAAUAUAGCCGUUAGAAUUGGAUGGUUCUUUUUUUAAACACCCUAUAUAGUGGACUUUAUCAUACAAUUUGUAUUUGCUUAUAUACUAUUGGGAGAAGCUCCACCCACCAACUACUUUUAUUUUGAGGUCUGUUACUGUACUUUUAAGGGUCGUUUUUGGGGGGUUUUUUCUUCAAACCGAUACACUAAUAACUCUGUACCUUGAAACCAUGAUUUCUUUGUAGGUAGGUUGUUAUACCAUGAAAAUCUCAUCUUGUGUAAUUUUAUGCCAAGUAUAGAAAAAUGAACUUGUUAACUGAUUCCCAGCGCUGUGUGAUAAUUCCCAUGGAGUUUAGGUUGUCAUUAAACUCCAUCUCAGAAUUAAGCCUGAUGAUGGCAAACUUCAAUAACUAUAUAAACUCUUAGUGUCUCCUUAUUUUGCCCAGAGUGCCAUCAGCCAGCCCAGGUCACCCAUAUAUCCCGUGUAACCGGAGAUUUUCCUGCAUGCUUAACUUUUAUGCCUAUAAUGUUGCAUUGCAUUACAGUAUAUUCAUGUUAUUGACUGCCUAGGCAGAGCCCUUAAGUAUGUGUGAUGGGGUUGAAAUAGCCAGAAGUUAAUUACUUUUGGAAUUGUGUUAUAAGUGUUGUUCUUCUGCACUGAUGAUUAAACUGUGUAUGCUGUUUGCUAUCAUUACAAUCCUGAGCCGGACAGACUCUCUCCCAUCAUUCCAUUAUCACUGUGUCGCUGACAUGGAGUCAAAUUUUAAAGUACUUAAAACAAAAUUAUCAUUUUAUGAGCUGUAAAUGAACAGUCUGGCCAGUGACCUUUGUUUAACUACUGGCAGCAUGUGAGGUGAAUAAAGGUAUAGUGUGUGAUAUUGAUGUAUGUUGAUGGGUUUUAGUAUAUGAUGGUAUUAUAUUGAAUUCGGAAAAGGCCAUGCGGUUGGUUUAGAGCGAAUUCAGGAUUUUGGUGGUUAUUUAUCAGACUUUAAAUUCUAGACACUGAAAACUGUUUAAAAACAGAUACAACUUGAAACAGUUUCUCUUUAAAGUACCCAGAAGUUCUUACACUGCUGUCUAACAUCUUGAAAACACUCACAAACCAGCUCCAAGAGGGAGGUGUUACCAUUCCUUUUAGAUAUUAUGGAAGCAAUUGUUCAUGUUUUAAGUUGCUGGCAGCUGUAUGUCUCUUCAUUUAGCAUGUAGAUGUCAAAAGAUGCCAGUAGAUCCUUAUCGGCAUAGAAUAUAUGCUGCAUUCAAAAUCUAUUUAUUCCAUGUUAACAACAUCAUCUGAAUGACAUGUACUUCUUUCUUUUUAAUGUACUGUAUCUUGUGUAUUUCUCUGUUUUCCACAUAGCCUGCUUUUAUAUUGUGCUGUGCCAAUAAUGUUUUCUUUUAUUUUUACUUCACUUACUUUCUUUUGUUAUUUGUAACUGCUGAUUUUAGAGUAGAUGCAGAUGGCUUUUCUUUUUCACAUCACCACUUAAUGUUUUUAGGCCUUUUUCUUUCUUUGUUUGUUUUUAAUGAGUAUUUUUGUACUCAGUUGUUGUUUGAAGAGCCAAACUAUUCUGCCUGCUGUUACUUUCUGUUUGGAUGUUUGUGUUUAUGAAAACCUGUCAGUGGGGAUGCAGUUCUUUUUGUGCCAGAGUGAAAAUGAGGUCCAGAUUUAAAUAAACACCAGAUUAUGACUGAA